CCCGGGGCGCUGCGGGCGGGGAGGGGAGGGGGAAGUAGUUCCGGCCCGCCCUCCGUGCCUCAUCACGCUGGGCGGCAGCGCGGAUCCCUGCGCGGGGUUGCUAAGGGUGAAAGUUUGCCGUGAGUUGGCUCACUUAGGGCCAGGGCGCGGGCGGCUCCGGGCUGGCGGGGCGAGCGUAGCAGAGGCGGCGGCGACGACGACACGGGCACCCGCACACCCACCAGCCCCGCACCACUGCCUCCGCCGGGCCCGCCCCGCGGAAGAACCGCACCGCCGCGGAUAAGGCGAGGGACACAAACGGGACGGGGCAGACUCGCACGCACCGCCCGAGCUCCACCGGCAGCGCCCACGGCCCCCGCCAGCCGCCGGCCCUGGAGCCGAGAACGAAGUCUGUUUGGAGCCAAAUCUUGUCUAUGUGCGUGUCGCCGUGUCUCUUUUAACACACUGCCCUGACUUGCUUGCCGCGAAGGGAGUAUGCAUCUGGAGAUCAAAGUUGCUCUUAACUUCAUCAUCUCAUACCUGUACAACAAGCUCCCUCGGAGGCGGGCAGACCUGUUUGGUGAGGAGCUAGAGCGCCUGCUGAAGAAGAAAUAUGAGGGUCACUGGUACCCGGAGAAGCCUCUGAAAGGUUCUGGCUACCGCUGCGUCCAUAUAGGGGAGACGGUGGACCCGGUGGUGGAGCUGGCGGCCAAGCGGAGCGGGCUGGCGGUGGAGGACGUGCGCGCCAACGUGCCCGAAGAGCUGAGCGUCUGGAUCGAUCCCUUCGAGGUUUCCUACCAGAUCGGUGAGAAGGGCUCCGUUAAGGUCCUCUACCUGGACGACAGCGAGGGCUGCAGCGCCGCCGAGCUGGACAAAGAGAUCAAGAGCAGCUUCAACCCUGAUGCCCAGGUGUUCGUCCCCAUCGGCAGCCAGGACAACUCGCUCUCCAACUCUCCGUCCCCCUCCUUCGGCCAGUCACCCAGCCCCACCUUCAUCCCUCGCUCAGCCCAGCCCAUCACCUUCACCACUGCCACCUUUGCUGCCACAAAAUUUGGCUCUACCAAGAUGAAGAAGGGCGGCGGAGCCGGCGGAGGGGGCGGCGGAGCAGGGGCCGUGCAGCAGCCGAGGAUGGUCAGGUCUCCCACCACCAACCUGCUGAAGCACAAGGGCCUCUCCCUCUCUAUGCACUCUCUGAACUUCGUCGGGAGCGCCGGGAGUCAGGCCCCGCAGUCGCAGCUCUCCCCCAACGCCAAGGAGUUCGUUUACAGCGGCGGCUCGCCGGGAGCCGGCAGCCUCUUCUUCGACGGCGUUGCCAGCGAGAGCCAGGCCGGCAGCGUCCCGCCGGCCUCGCAGUUCGGCGCCAGCUCGGCGGGUACCUUCGACGUGGCUCAGGUCUUUGGUGGCAGCACCAACAGCCUCUUCUUGGAGAAGUCUCCCUUUGUGGAAGGACUCAGCUACAACCUGAAUGCCAUGCAGUAUCCCAGCCAGUCCUUCCAGCCCGUCGUCCUGGCCAACUGAACGUGAGGAAGGAGAGUAUUUUGGGGUGGGGAGGGAGGGGAGGGGGAACCAAGAACAAAACAAAACAACGAGAGAAAAGCGAAAUAGAAAUACACAGAAAAAUAUUCAAAUGUUAUAAAUAUAGCUUCUUGAGAAAAGAGAGAGAGCCCGGUGUUGUUGCGCUGUGCUGGCAACGCUCCUGAAGCACUGACUUGUUUUUUAACUCAGUCCCUGUGCUUUUUUUUCCUACUCAACGUUUUUCUACUCCUUAAACGAGCCUCGGGAUGUGUUCGGUUUGUCUUCCCCCAGCCCAGGACUGGACACAGCGUCCUUCCGCUUGGGUGUAGGGUUGUCUCCUCCGUACCACCUCGCCGGAGGAGGGCCGGGGCGAGGAUGAGUCAGUGUUGGUGGAGCUGCAGGCGCUCUCGGUGUGUGCUAGCCAGCAGUGGGUGGGUGAGCUUGCAUCUUGGGUUUUUUCCCCGUUAAGGCUCUGCCUGUAGAUGGAGAGCAUCUACUGCGCCCACGGGCGUAGACCGUUCUGCUGCUGUUGCUCCAGCCUGGGCUGACGUUGGCUCUUCUGUCUGUGUGCCCAAAAGCCCUGACUCUUCUCCUUGACCAGCUCCCAGCACGUAGCGGGAGGGCAGAGCAUUACUGUGAAAUGGCUUCUUCCACCUCCCUCCCUCAUCUGUGCUCCCAGCUGCGGCAGGACAGCACUUGGAACUGAGUGACUCUGGUUAUUGUCACCUUCCAGGCGGGAGAAAGGGACUCUUCUGUCAGUGAUGGGAGCUUUUCUGUGCCCUCUUGGAGCUGGUGGCUUGCUCUGAAUGAUGACCCCUGGAGGGUACAAAUCCUUUCUUGCCUAGCCCAGCGAAUAGGGAAGGUGGUGCCCGGCCAAGCGGUCCGGCUUGGAUCCUGCCCAUGCUCCCAGGGCCUUCUCCUCUGGGCUGAGUUCUCAUUCCUGCUGUGAAUUCAUCUUCUUUUCUCAGAAAGGGAAUUCAUCCUAUUUUGGCUGGAGAGGGAGCACGACUUUUGAGAAAGGGAAAGGGCUGUGUUCACAAAGCUGUUCUCUUCAGUGGCAGCGUUAAAGGUUUGGUUUGUGCUUUCCGCCAGCUAUGCACCUGCCUAAGUCCCCUCUGCUGCCCUUCUUGGAGGAGGAGAUGGCUGCUCUGGUGUGGAAGGGAAGCUCCUGGCCACACUCAUAGUUCCAGACUGAUCACAUCAAGGGGGUGGAUGUGUGGUGCUGCAGAGCCAAGCUCUGGCAACGCCGCUGCAACCCUCCUGGGGAUGAGGGGCUGCCGUGGCUUUUGAGCCAGGUCAGGAGCUCCAUGCCCCACCUUCAGAGGAAGCUGAAGGAGGACUGCUGCUUGCCGAGACAGGGUAGAGGCUUUCUAGGUGGGAAGGAGGUCUCCUCGGAGGCUGCUGUGGGAGUAUGGAAGUGUGCAAAGAGGAGGGAGAUGGAGAUGAUGAGACUCCAGUCUUUGAAGUUCUCAGUUUAAAAAGAAAUACAAGCUUUUUUGCUGCCUCCCAAACUUGAGGCUUGGUUUUCUUUUAAUGAUGUCUCUGGAGCACCUUCUGAAACCCACUUCUCCUGAAGCUCAGUGAGCUCUUCCAAAGCGUCCCAGUUUUGGGGGGAGAUGGCCUUGAACUCGUGCUUUUCCCACUCCCUUCCCUUGAGCCGAGAUGAAGGCGCUCCAGCCCCCUUGUAGUUGUGUUGCCAAUGAGCCUUUGCAGAGGUAAGGAGAUGUCCCAGGGAGACCCUCGCUGCCCACAGCAGCUUGACAAGAGUUCCCAGCACCCCUUUGCCCCCGCUGGGUCCGAGCCUCAUGCCCAGCAUGGUGUCCUGAGCAGGCUGCUCACUGUUGAGCCAUGACCAUCCCCGUGGCAGGUGGGUGAGGAGAGCAAAGACCCUGGGGAGCUUCCCCCAAAACCCUUGCCUGCAGCCUGCAGGUUUCCAGCCUGGGACAAGCUGCUGAGGAGCAGCUGAUCUUGUUUGCCUUCCAUUAUGUUUUUCCCUCAUGGUUUGAGCCACCCCCCCUCACAGUUACAGAUGUUAUCACUGCCACCCCGACCCUCUCCCAUUGCCACGCUGGACCGUGAGGGGUGCUGUCGGCAGCACCCCAUCCAGCUGUUCCCUCACACAUCUGGCAAAGCCACCCAUGCUCCCCUCUGGCACAGGGAGCAGGGGGUCAGGUGGGGCUGCCCCCUCCUCGGCCACCCGCUUUAUCCGUGUGAAGCUUUGAUGCCGCUUUGCCCUGCCACGCAUGCCGCUUGGAGACCAGCGGCACGAGUGGAAGGAAGGGAGGAAAAAGAGGAGGGACCAACCUCUUUGUGUCUUCAAAGGCAAAAAAGCGUGCUUCAGAAGCGUUCCUCCAGCGCGAGGCAGCGAUGGAAGCGAACGGCCUCUGCGGGGCUUGCCGAGGCUCGGCCGGAGGCCUUCGGCUGCAGUUCUAUAUUUUUAAAUAAAAACCCUAAAAGAGAAAAAAAAAAAACCACAACAAAAAAAAUACAAACCUGCACUAAUUUACCUGGUUUCUUAGGAAGAGAAGAGAGGCAGACUUUUGUUUCCUUUUUUUUUUAACUUUUGUUUUGUAUGGGUUCGUGUUCUUUUUGUUGACGUCUGUUUGUAUUGAAUAAUUUGCUACGUUUGUAAAAUGGAAGAAGUCUAUAUAAUAUAUGUAUAUUUCUAACGGGGGGGGAGGGUGGAAAAAAGAGGAGAGGAAAAAAAGAGCAACCUGUAAUUUUUUUUCUUUUCAAGAUUUUUUCUUAACAAGAGGAGAGAAAAAAAAGAGAAAAAAUAUUUUUUCAGGAAAAAGAACUUUAAAAAACAAAAAAAGCAGUGAAGGUCCCUUUCUCCACGCUCAGCCUCCCUCCUGCCCCUCCACAGCCCACCCUCUCCUCUUCCUGGAGCCAGCCCACAGUUGCCUUGGAGGAGAGGAGGAGGAGUGAGGGGACAGAAGCCUCCCAGCGGAGGGAUUCCGUGUGUGCUCUGCUUGGGUUUCUUUCUGAGAAGGGAGGGGGCUACUGAGAGAGGGAACCAGGGGGUUGCUGUCUUUAUUUUUUUGGUCUUUUGUUUGUCUGUUUGGUCUUUUUUCUUCUUCUUUCUUUUUGUUUUCCUUUAGCGAAGGAGGAAUACAAUCAAGAGUUUUGUAUUCAGAAUGUUGUGCAAUAUUUUGGAAUGGGACAUUGGUGUGUCUAGAGAUUUAGUUAAAAACAAAACAGAAAAAAAACCCACAAAAAGGUUGAUCAAAUCUGUACAGUUUCUAUUGUUCCAGAUUUUUUUAAGUUUGUAUUAAAAGCAUGAUAUAAUAA